AUGAGCCAUGGCGGUAAGAAAGGGUCAUUGCUGGUGAGUCUUCGCCAGAAGAUGGUCGAUUCUUCUAACAGUUUAGUGAUCCAUGCCGAUUACUGCACCACAAAUGCGAUGGAAACCUGCCACAAUGCGGGCGAUGCACGCGGACCGGCCGCGAUUGCGCAAGAGGCCAGACGAGACCGACUCAGUUUCGUGCAGCUAGCGGACGGAAUCGUCGCACGCGAUUCCCUCGCAACCAAGUGUGGCUUCAACCGCCAUCGAGAGGUGGGGAGCGAGAUUCAGCGUCUCGAUUUUGUUCUCGAAUCAGGCAAUGGAGAUACAGGCAACAUCACAAAUCUCUCCAUGGAAGACCCCUCUGAGAACAACAAUUACGACUCGGCUGUGGAUGGCCCCGACACGUCCCCUUUCGCCGGAGUCGAACAUAUGGUUGUCCAGCGAACAGCCGACGGGCUCGUUCAUGGCUUAUCACAUGGGAGCACAAGCCAGCAGUUGACAUCGGAUCUCAAUAUUCGUGAGCUACACAGUUCUAAUCAGGAAUCAGACGGGUUCUUUACUGACAAGUCCAAGUUCGACUGCACAGAUCGGCAGCAGCACUUUGCCGUGCAUAUCCCCCAUCGUGCGCGAUAUUGUGAUACUUUGUUCAAUGCAAUAAUGGCCUUAUCUGCGCGGCAUUUGAGCUCGACUGCGGACCUUGCCCCGCUUGUGUCGGACCAGUACUAUCAAAAGUGUCUCGAAACGCUUAUCCCGGCGCUCAAUGACCAUCGCGUCACCAUGGACGACGAUCUUUUGGCGGCCACAGUGAUUCUCCGGCUUCAUGAGGAAUUCUCUGUUCACGAGAAACUUCAUGCAGUCCCCUUAGCCGGAUCAGAUCUCCGUGGCCAUUCGUUUGGGACCAAGGCUUUCAUCCAAGGUCCUCCUCCUUCGGCGACAUCCACUCCAAGUCUCCGGCAGGCCGUCUAUUGGAGCGGGCUACGUCAGGAGAUCUACAAUGCCCUGAGCCUUCAGCAAGCUCCAGAUGUCGACCUCAGUUCACUACAUUCACUAUUCACAGCAUUAGGACCGGACGCGGGAGAUUGUGCAUGGGCCAACAGAGCCAUUGCACACUGCGCGGAUGUGCUUUUAUUUUCCUUCGGCACGCACCCGCGCUCUGUGGCGGUCCAUGCGGGCCUUUGCGAGGAAAACGGGCAGUGGAGAGAAGCUCGACCUGCGUCAUUUGACCCCUAUUAUUCAGACAGCGACGUAGUUGAGGUGGGAGCAACCUUCCCAGAUAUUCGAUUUAGUUCGCCUUGGCACGCCAUUGGUAACCAGUAUAUUGAACUUGCAAGAAUACUUCUCUUAGUUUACGACCCUGGACUCCCCACAGUGGGCCCCCUGCGACGGCGAUUUGAAAAGGACGUUAAGAGCUAUGGCCCCGUUGAAAGGCCUCUUCGAGUUGACAAAAAAACCCAGUACCAGAUUCGUAAGGGAGUAUGGACCGUUUGCGGAGUUGCUCUAGCUAAUACCUCUGUGCCCCCAUCAAUGGUUGUUGGUUGCAUGGCCAUCCAUAUCUGUGGUGAUCGAUUCACAGACAGACAGGAACAAGAGAAGUUGAUUCAAGUUCUUGCGAGGACAGACACCCUGCACGGUUGGCCGACCCACGCCCUUCGAGGACAGCUCUGCGAGAGCUGGGCGGUGCAAUGA